CCCCCCACGUCCAUCCGCGCCCCCUCCCAUCCCCCCGACGUCGCCAGACCCGGGGGGGGGGUGGCCAGGCCUGGACCUCGGACCCCGUCCUCGAGCAGCUGCACCGAGCUCUCCUUGCUUGAGUGGAUGAAGGCAGCCCCCACUCACAGCCCUUCCCAUCCUCGUGGGCGGUGGCCAUGGAACCUCCCCCCCCCCAGGCAUCCCCUUCCCCUGAACCAGGCCCCUCAUCCACCCCCGAGGCUUCCGGACAACCAUCCAGGCUUGGCCGAUACCUCCUCAUUGACACGCAGGGCGUCCCCUACACAGUGCUAGUGGAAGAGGAAGCUGCGGCCCCCACAGGGGAGGUAUCUGCGGGAUCCACCUCCCGAAAAUGCUACAGCUGCCCUGUGUGUUCCCGGGUCUUUGAAUACUUGUCCUAUCUGCAGAGGCACAGUGUCUCACACUCAGAGCUCAAGCCCUUCGUCUGCGCUGUCUGUGGGAAAGCCUUCAAGCGGGCCAGCCACCUGGCCCGACACCGAUCCACACACCGGGUGGGGGGCGGCCGGCCGCAUGCGUGUCCCCUGUGUCCCCGACGAUUCCGAGAUGCUGGGGAGCUGGCCCAGCAUAGCCGAGUACACUCGGGGGAGCGGCCCUUCCAGUGCCCUCACUGCCCUCGGCGAUUCAGUGAGAGAAACACCUUGCAGAGACACACUAGGAGGAAGCACCCAUGACAGGGCUGGGGAAGGCCCUUGUGCCCCAGACACUGCCCUCCAGCAUCAGGGACAUAGGGUGGGACCUGUGGACACACACCGACCAGGAGCCUGGAACUGCAGUCAGCCCUUGGCUGGUCACGGCUCUGCCCCUCAGCUUCCUCCUCUCUGAAACGAGGGGGUCAGACUAAGAUGACCUCUAAUGUCCCUUCCAGCUCAAGUUUGCACUUCCCCAGCCUCAGAGGUGCAUCUCCGAGGGGCUGGCCAGCCCUUCCUGCCCCAGAGGGAGCACUUGGUGCAGUUUGAACUUGACUUGGCCGCCUGGAGAGCGGGUUUAGUAGAGCAUGAGUGGUCUGUCUUCUCAUGGCCAUCUCUGGAGUGUCUUACAAGCUAGGGGAUCCUCAGUUCCACCCCCACCCCCGGCUAAGGAAGCACUGGGCUGCCAGGUCCCACAGCAGUAGCUGAGGAUCCCCUAGAACUGGUUCUGGGGCGGAGAUGGGGAAGUCUCCUCUGUCUUGUAGGAGGAACCCCCCCCAAGGGCUGCAGAAUAAAUGCAAAGUGAGUUUUCAGUGGGGAGCCUCAAGAUUGGUGUUUGAGAAAAGUGUAUUGUUCCCAGAUAUUGGCGGCUGGUCCUCCGGCCCUUCUGCCUAAGAAGGGUGGAGCUCUCUCAGCACCCAGGGUGCCAGUGUGGAGGCCUUCCUGGCUCUGCUCCUUGGGGACCACGUGACCAUCGGAAGUGGUUCCCCUCCUCUGUGGCUGGGCCCGAAGGGCUUCCAGUGGAUAGGACUGCUGGAGCAGAAUAUCGGGGGCUUGGCGCUGGCUCUGAGGCUCCCACCUCGUGUGUGGGUAACAUUGCAUCUCAGCUGGGAGCUCGGGGUCUGGACGGAAGCCGCCUUAAUAUCUUGGUGGGCUCUGCUGUCGGGUGGGGCCUCGUGGUACUGUGGGAAAGGGCUGGAUUGGAGUCGGAAUCUGGGUUCAAAACAGUCUCAUCUCCCUAUUUUGGAAUAAAAGAACACACGAACGUGCA